GAACCGAGUUGGAUAGAUGAAACAUAAGGCCACGAUGAUCGGUGGACCGAUUGCCCGAAACACGAACAGGACAGAGGACAACGUUUAACCCUGCGUCGUCCACGUCCACCACCACACAUGACCGCUCUCCGACAUGCUUAUCAUGGCCGCUGCCGUGAAACCCCUGCUCCCACUGUCUCCCUCCCCCGUUCGGCUCCUUCCCUCUUCCCCUCCAUGGAUUCCCUCCAGACCCACCUCGACUUCCACGACCCUUUUGCCCACCUUGCGCUUGAGCGAGCGGCGAGCCGACGUCUCGGCUUCGGUGGCCUUCAACCCCUCCGGGAGCUUCGACCUUUCCCUUGACGGCGACGAAGAAGAUUCAUCAAAAAUUGCUCCGCCAAUGCCCCCAACUGAGGGCCGUUUUGAAGUAGUGAUAGAUAAUGAUGCCAUUCGUGGCCUUGACUUAUCACCAUUUCAAGUGGCCACUGGAAUCACAUCUCCCUUGUCUGCUGAGCCCAAGGAUUAUCUGGAACGUACAAUUGGGUUUAGUAUCAAUUACACAAGGGAGGAUCCUGGAGAUCCUCGAGAACUAUCAGAAUUUCCAGAUAUAAGACUCUGGUUUGUGAGACUUGAUGCUACUUAUCCAUGGCUUCCUGUCUUGUUGGACUGGCGAGCUGGAGAGCUUGCCCGUUAUGCAGCUAUGUUGGUUCCUCACCAGAUGAAUAUGAGAAUGGGAGUUGUCUUCAAUCCUGAGGCACUAGAAUUAUUCAUCAUGAACAAAGUGAUGGUGGUAUACACUUGGUUGAAGAAACAUAAUGUUCCUAAGCCAAGGCUUAAAACAAGUGACAUGGCUAGGAUGCUUGGGUUUGGCAUUGGAGACGAUUUGUUCAACUUGAUAGAUCAACAUCCGCUGGAUCCAUCAUGAAGAAGCUUUCCAUGUUCUGGAUUUGCAGAAAGAAGGGUCAGGUUGCGUUUAUUAGGUUGUGUUACAGGCAAUCCUUUUUUAUUCAUGCCAUCGUGCAGAAAAGUCAGAGCCCCAAAUUUAGUCCUUUCUUGACCUAGUUGUUUCUGUUGGGUUUUUGGGAUGCUGUAUUUGGUUGGCACUCAUACUUUACAUUGGCCAACACUGUCCUGGCAGAGUGUAUGAAAAUCAGAUCUCGGGAGUUGUAGUUCCUGGAUCUGUGAUAAGUUGCUGAUUUUUCUUCUAAUUGUAUUAUGUUUUUCUUACGGACAUUCACAUUUAUAGAAAGUUAUCAUUUGGAUUAAAA